AUGCGUCGCAAAGAUUUGAUAGAUGCCUUAAUUUUUACCUUGUCUAAAGAAGAUUCGGUUGAAGUACAGGAUGAAGCAGCAUUCGCACUCGCAAAUCUAGCAAAAGACUUUUCCAACAAGGCAGAUAUUCGAAAGUCGGGUGGUAUUAAAGCACUUGUAAAACUGCUAGAGUCUCAAGAUCCAGAUGUCAAGAAAAAUGCUGCGCUUGCUUUAUCUACUCUACUGGACGACUUCUCAAAUCGUGCAGAGAUUCGAUAUGUUCAAGGUCUUGGACCUUUGUUUGAACUUCUUACAUCCGAGUUUCAUGAAGUACAAAAUAACGCUCUACAGUGCCUGAUUCGCUGUGCUGAAGACUUCAAUAACCGUGCAGAGAUUCGAAAGCUAAAUGGUAUUCGCAAGCUUGUGGAUGUAAUAUCUGGAGAAUAUAUGUUGGAAACAAUCGUAUUGGGGCUACAAUGCCUAGUUAAUUGUUUGGAAGAAGUUGAUUCUGCGUCACUAGUUGUAGAUGCAAACGGGAUAGCCUCUCUAGUAAAAUUGAUUCAAAACGACGAAUCAAAAAUUAAAAGAUAUGCAGCCAUUGCACUUGCCAGAGCAGUCAAAUCGGAUCGAGGACAGAAUGCGGCUCGCGAAUCUGGCGCACUUCAAAUUAUUGUGUUGAAUUUAUCGUCAAAUGAUGCCUCUGUAGUCAACUCGUCUGUUAUGGCACUUGCUUCUCUUGCGCUGAAUGAAACCAACCAAGUAGAAAUCUAUAAAAUGGGAGUGGGUGAAUUACUUUUGAAACUGCUGAGCCAUGAAGAUACAGAAACCAAAAGGGAAGCAAUGGCAGCGCUGGCAAAUCUAUCCCAAUAUAAUGCAAAUCGCUUAGAGAUUAUCAAACAAGGGGGUAUGCAAGCCAUGAUCUCAGCUUUAGAACGGCCAGAUAGCAAGGUUCAGGCAUCUUUAUGUCUUUCAAUCGCCAGGUGUGCCCAAGAACUUGACGGACAAAUCUUUUUUUCAAAGCCACCUGGAAGCAAAGGAUUAUUAAAAAUUAUUGGUUUACUGACUGCCAAAGAUACUAAUGUUUGUCGCAAUGCCGCAUAUGUCUUGUCAAGUGCUGUCAUUUAUGAUCUGUCGGCAAAAUACUGGCUACAUAAUCAUUUGCAAGCGGAGAAUGUCAUUGUAGAUCCUUUCUACGAUGUUGGGUAUGCAGGAGGUAAUUUAGAUACAAUUACAACUUUUCCAACACUUGCAGAUCUUCAAUCUCGUGCAGUUGAUAAAAAACGCGAAGUAAUACUAGUCGACGCAUCACAAGAUCCUGGCCUUGUAGUCAUUGCUCAAUAUCUUUCAGAGGCUAUCCAAGAAAAAUCCCUUUGCCAUCAGUUGAAAAUUAUUAGUCACGUUGUAUGCAAAGUUAUGGGUUCUACGGAAUCUGAUCCGUCACGUAUCUCUGAUCACGGACACAGAUUCCGUAUCGCCGAAUUAAAGCUCAAGUAUAACUCCAAUGUGAUACCUAUCGGUGCAAUUAAUUUGGGAACGUUUUAUCAUCGUGCUCUUUUGUUUAAAGUACUGUGUGAUCGACUUGGUGUGUGCCAGAAUGCGCUAGUACGUGGUGAAUACGACCGUGCAUGGAAUGUGGUGGAUUUGGACCAUCAAAUUCCGGCUGUUGCUACUAUUCCUGCAGUAGUUCCACAGUCUUUACCGUCUACUCAAUUUUCUCAGUCUACUUCCAUACCUUCAACCACUCCCUUACCAAAACAAUCACCAGUGGUUACAAAAGAUAAAUCCACUACAGCUGUAAAAUCUAAGCAAGGCGAUGGUAGCGGGGCUAGAGUUUCAACAACACAGCCAAGCAUAGCCGUAGUAUCUACUGCUUUACCAAAUUUACCGACUACACCUACUCCUCAGACUGAAGUUUCCAACUCUGUCUCGAAUGAUUCUAUUAGUGCUUCGACUAUUGAAAUUUCUACUGCCGCGAUUGAAGCCAUUCUUGGCUCCAUCGUGCUACCUGAUGAUGACACGGAUGUAAAAGUGGAUGGUGUAGUAGUGAUUGACUUGAUCUAUGAGCCUGGAAAGUUGAUGAAGGCUGAUGAUGUGGACACACAAGCUUAUCAGCGUAUUUCUUGA